AUGGUUAGUCAAAAAGUAGCUGAUGAUCUUGACCCCGGGACUCAUAGCUACCACAUUGCCAAUCUGGACCCCAGUGUGAGGUAUGCAUUCCGUGUCACAGCGGUCAAUCGCCGUACCUUCGGCAAUCCUUCAGACAUCAUGAGCCCAGUGGGAUUACCAGUGUCCAAACCCUAUAUCCUGCUAAGUGACACCUCCCCUGAGGAAGGCACAUCAGUGUGGAUGAGCUGUGGGCUGGGGAAUGGUACUGAGCCUAUCCAUUACAUCUGGGAGCUCAAGAGACACGACGGGUUGGUCACCAUUCUUGCUGAGCACAACAGUAGUCUAUAUACCAUCACCCGGGUGUCCCGGAACCACACAGGCUGGUACAGGUGUCUGGCCAAGAACGAGAUCAACCAACAAGGCAGUGAUCAGAUCUGGUUAGACGUCCUAUAUGGACCUGAUUUGCCUCAGAUAGACGCCACAGCCUAUACGGCCACAGAAAAUGUUUUUUCAGUUCUGGAGAAUAGAAACAUUUCCCUUCUUUGUCGAGCCUUUUCCAACCCUCCCAGUCAGUAUGUCUGGUUCUUUAACAACUCCCAGAUCUACACCGGACCACAGAUAACCAUCACAAAGAUCCAGAGAAUGCAAGCAGGUGACUAUACCUGUCUGACCAAGAACACUCACCUCAACACUCACUCCGAGAGAACGACCACUCUUACCGUCUACUAUCCACCUGAUAGAAUUCCAUCAUGCACCAUGUUCCCAGCAAAUAACUACACUGACCUAAAGCUCUUUUGCUCCUGGGAGGGGGGUUACCCUCCAGCUUCCUUAAAAUGGACUUCAUUGAAUGGAGUGAACAGAGAAGGUUUUGCUGAAGUCUCACAGGUUCAGCCAGGCCCUGGUACUGCUAAUAACUCAGUGUUCACCUGCUAUGGUUCACAUGUUGCAUUAAAUCUCAACCAGUCCUGCAACACCAGGGCGUGGCUGCCACAUGGAGAACCCACAUGUGUCGCCAAUUCCAGCCUUAAUAACGAACACCUUGUGCUGUCCUGCUCUUGGGUAAGGGGUUUCCCUCAGGCUCUGCUCUGGUGGACCUCUGGUUUAGGGGACAUGCUGAGUGUAUCUGAGGAAGAAACAAACAUUUUGGUCUUGCAUUCUAAUAACAGCUACAAUGGCAAAUCGUUCGUGUGCCAUUCCAAACACCCACUGGCUGUAGAAAGCAAGAAGUGUGUGUUGAAGCUGGCACAGCUCGGUAUCGGUCACUGA